GGAGUAGAAAAUUAGGAUACACCAACACACCCUUCACUGAAAAAAUCGAACAAUGUGAUUUAAAAAAGAAAAGGGGUUUGUCUCCUUCCCAGGAUCAAUUCACGGAGAGGAAGAGAAGGAAUUGGGCAUCUCACCGCCACCCAAUUAAGUGGCCUCGCAAAGUUCUCCACAAGUUUUGUCAGCAGAGAAUUAUAUAAAAUUCAAAAUCUGUCACUUGGGCCCUUUGGUUUUUGUCUUCGGAGCAUAAAACUUCCCAAAAAUUUGACUUUAAUCGCACCCCUCAUCCGCCGGUUCUCAUUUCCUCAAGUCUUGUAACGAUGAGGGGCAUGGGAAGCCAGAGAGUUCCGCUGAUUGAUCGUGGGGGAGGGCGAAAGGGCCUUGGCACAUCAGAAGAUCGUCAGUUAACUGACCUGGAACAUGGGGAUGCUGUACCGCCUGCAAAUGUGGGAUUUGGCAGAGUACUUUCACUUGCAAAGCCUGAAGCGGGGAAAUUGAUAAUUGCUACCAUUGCUCUUCUGAUUGCUUCCACGUCAAGUUUAUUGAUACCAAAAUUUGGGGGAAAGAUCAUUGACAUUGUAUCUGGAGAUAUUGACACACCUGAACAGAAAAGCAAAGCUCUAAAGGAAGUCACAAACACCAUUGUAUACAUCACAUCGAUCGUCUUAGUUGGUUCGGUGUGCUCAGCUAUUCGAGCUUGGUUAUUUUCUUCUGCUAGUGAGAGGGUUGUUGCUCGCUUAAGGAAGAAUCUGUUCACUCAUCUUCUUAAUCAGGAAAUAGCCUUCUUUGACAUUACUCGAACAGGAGAACUUCUUAGUAGGCUAUCUGAGGAUACCCAAAUCAUUAAGAGUGCCGCAACUACCAAUCUUUCUGAGGCCCUAAGAAAUCUAUCAACUGCAUUAAUCGGGCUGACCUUCAUGUUUUCAACUUCUUGGAAGUUGACAUUAUUGGCUUUGGUUGUUGUUCCUGUCAUUUCUGUGGCUGUUCGUAAAUUUGGUCGCUAUCUUCGUGAGCUUUCUCACAAGACACAAGCAGCUGCUGCUGUCUGUGCUUCAAUUGCUGAGGAAUCUUUUGGUGCCAUACGCACUGUCAGAUCUUUUGCUCAAGAAUCGUACGAGAUAUCCCGGUACUCUCAGAAAGUCGAGGAGACAUUGGAACUUGGACUCAAACAAGCUAAAGUGGUUGGAUUGUUUUCUGGAGGUCUCUAUGCAGCAUCGACCUUAUCUGUUAUUAUUGUUGUGAUAUAUGGAGCUAAUUUGACGAUCAAAGGGUUCAUGACUCCGGGAGCUCUGACAUCUUUCAUUCUUUAUAGUUUAACAGUGGGAACCUCUGUAUCUGGGUUGUCGGGAUUAUACACUGUGGCCAUGAAAGCUGCUGGAGCUAGCAGGCGAGUUUUUCAGCUCCUGGAUCGUGUAUCAACAAUGACAAAUUCAGGAAAUAAGUGUCCUAUUGGUGAUCAAGAUGGAGAAGUUGAGUUGGACGAUGUCUGGUUUGCAUAUCCUUCCCGCCCUAAUCACACUGUGCUGAAGGGAAUAACAUUGAGAUUGCAGCCUGGCUCAAAAGUAGCUCUCGUUGGUCCAAGUGGCGGUGGAAAAACCACCAUAGCAAACCUGAUUGAAAGAUUCUAUGAUCCUAAUAAAGGCCAGAUUCUGAUAAAUGGGGUUCCUCUGGCAGAGAUAUCCCAUGAACAUUUGCACAAAAGGAUCAGUAUUGUCAGCCAGGAGCCUAUUCUUUUCAACUGCUCCAUAGAGGAGAAUAUAGCCUACGGUUUAGAUGGCAAAGUUGAUAGCAUUGAUGUAGAAAAUGCUGCUAAAAUGGCCAAUGCACACGAUUUCAUAUCAAACUUCCCUGAAAAGUAUAAAACCCAUGUUGGAGAACGUGGAGUAAGGCUGUCGGGUGGUCAGAAACAAAGAGUAGCUAUAGCAAGAGCUCUUCUUAUGAAUCCAAGAAUUCUCCUUUUGGAUGAAGCCACAAGUGCUCUAGAUGCUGAAAGUGAACACUUAGUACAGGAUGCAAUGGAUUCUUUGAUGAAAGGCAGGACCGUGCUCGUCAUUGCGCAUAGGCUAUCCACCGUUAAGACAGCAGACACGGUGGCCGUUGUUUCUGGUGGUCAGAUUGUUGAAAGCGGAACACACGAAGAGCUCCUUAGCAGGGAUGGUGUCUACACUGCACUAGUGAGGAGGCAACUGCAAGAUACGAAAACAACAUAAGGCACAACAUGAUUUCAUUUACAUGACAGAAAUUAGUUUUGCUUCAAUGACCGAUGGAAAGCUCAUACUCUUUUCUUCCUACCACAAACUCAGAAAGCUACUGUUUUAUUUAGUUCAGAGUUGUCCUUUGAUAAAAGAUGUUUGUGCCUUACAUUUUUAGUGUUUACUAAUGUUGAAGAAUUUUUUAUGCGCGCAACGUUGGAGUUUCUUUUAUUUUUAGUUCAACAAUUUCACUUUUUGAUCGAA